CGUCCGCUUCCGGGAGGCUUGUUUUGCAGAGCAGCGGGCUGAGUUUUGGACUCAUGCAAGUUACCGAGAGUUUUCUCGUUGGCCUGACUGUGUGAGGUUACUGUUUCGCGUCUCUCUUAGCACUUAGCAGCGUUAGUUGCCUGCUACGCUGCUCCUUCCUUCCGCGGCUUUACGGAAAGAUGGUUUUGUCAACAUCACAACAAGUCGCUCUGGCUUUCACGGGCGUGCUCUUCAUGUUUGUCGUGCUGCCGCGGUUGUACGGCUUUGGCAGCGGGACCGCGGCGAAGGACGCCAAACUGGACGCUCGUCACAGCAGAAAAGGCCCAGCGCGAGGUCAGCCCAUCAAUAUGAACGGCGCCGGCCAGUCCCCGGAGAACUUGCAGCAGAUGAAGAAACGGGUGGAGCAAGAGCUGAAGAGUGACAAAUACAAAUCGAGCAGCAAUAAGGGCUACGUGUUCACGCUGAUGCCGCUCUACGCCAUUGGAGUGGGAGUGUUUGCAGCAUACAAGUUUUUGAAGAUCAGGUCUACAGACAACAAGGCCCAAAAGGACAAGUUUGCAAAAGGGGCCAAAAAAUCCAUGGAGGCAGAGAACCAGUUGAACGAGCUGGAACAAAGGCUUGCACAGACAGAGAGGAUGCUCAAUUCCAUCCUCACCCAGCUGGACCCGCUGACCAACUGCGUGAAGUCGGUGGCCCAGGAACAGAAGAAUGAGAUCAUGUCUCAGCUGCAGACCAUUCGGUACCUGAUGAAGAAGAGAGGAAUGGACUGUCCACCCCUCCAUGCCACCAGUGGCGAGCGUAAUCUGGACGACCUGAUUGAGUCCCUUGGGGCAAGUGAUACUUCAGACAAGCAGCCGUCCAGCGAGAAAGCAGAGCCUACUGCAAGAGUUUCUGAAGAGCAUUCAGACAUUAAGCAUGAAGCAGAAGGUGAAGAGACGAAGGAAGUGAGACCAGAGGAAUAUGAUGGAGACGAAACAGUGGAAGAAUGUGACAGAGGAAGAAGAGGAAGGAUG